CUUCGCCCCGCUUCACUUUCGGUUUACGUUAACGGGAAGAAGUCGCACUUUAUUCUACAGCGCGAGUCUCCGGCCGGGCGACAACAUUUAUGACUCGGACCCCCGGGAAGAAUGGCGACAAUGUUCCUUAGGGCACUUUUGUGUUUGUUGUGGGGGACAUGGAGCGUGUGCGGCUCCACUUUAGACCAGGAUGUCUUCAGCAUCCAACACUCGGCCUCAGGAAGAUGUGUAUCAGCUCAGGACUCUGCGAGCGUGCGUCUCUCAGCGUGUGAGCCCGACAGCGCCUCGCAGUCCUGGAAGUGGGGUUCGGGCCACCGGCUCUUCCACGUGGGCACGUCCCUCUGCCUGACCCAGGACCUCCAGUCCAAGUCCCUGUCCCUGGUGGGCUGCAGCUUGGACCUCCUGCAGUGGUGGCGCUGCCUGGACGGCGCCCUCUUCACCGCCGACCAGGCGGGCCUGGUGGCGGACGGGGAGCGGGUGACGGCCAAGCGGUCCUCGUAUGACAAGUGGGUCCGGGCCGGGUCCCAGGACAGCGUGUGCCAGAGACCGUAUCGAGUCAUCCACACCACCAACGGCAACUCUGCCGGCGCUCCCUGCGAGUUUCCCUUCAAGUACAACGGAAGCUGGCACCACGGCUGCCUCCCGGACUCCGACUUCCCGGGGCUCUCCUGGUGCUCCACCUCCUCGGACUACGACCAGGACAGGAAGAAGGGGCACUGUCUAACGCCCGAGAAGGGUUGCCAGACCCUGUUUGUGGGACCAGAGGGAGACUCCUGCUACCAGUUUGUUCCCGGCGCCGCCGUCACCUGGCAGCAAGCUCUGGAUUCUUGUCGGAGCCAAGGAGCAGAUUUGCUCAGCGUGUCCUCCCCGGAUGAUCUCCACUCCAAAACAUUUUUAGACGGCUUCAGCGUGAUGCCUGACAAGAUGUGGAUAGGCCUCCAUCAGUUAGACACGUCCCAAGGCUGGCAGUGGUCAGACGGGUCCCCGCUCUCCGUCCUGCGCUGGGAAACAGGAAUGCCCCCCCGCGCCGUCAUCUUUGAGUCGGACUGCGGAGUCCUGAACUCCCAGCACAACUACGAAGCUGAAGGGUGCAGCAAACAGCUGCCGUACGUCUGCAAGAAGAAAGUGUCAGCCCUGCCCACGCCGCCGGCCGAGUCGCUGAUGUACAACCACACGGCGUGCGAGUCCGGCUGGGUGCCCUGGAAUGGCUGGUGCUACCAGCUGGUGAGGGAGGAGCCUCGGAACCUGACGGAGGCGCAGCGGCACUGCAACCGCACAGGAAGCUCCCUGGCCAGCCUGCACUCGCUGGACAGCAAGGAGAUGAUCAGCACCAGCUUCCACGCAGGUUCAUGUCACGAUUCACCCUCGUCUCACCACACCUGCUCACCUUUGUCGUCCCCCCCCCCCCCAGACGGCCAGUGGUUGGACGUGUGGAUCGGUCUGAUCGGGGAGGGCAGGAGGCCCACGGUCUUCAAAUGGAUGGACCAGGCGCCCGUCACCUUCACCUUCUGGGGCCCCAAUGAGCCGGUGCAGCCUUCUCAGAACACCAGCUGUGUCUUCUACUCCGGGGAGUCUCAUGGCUGGCGUGUGGGCAGCUGCUCCAAGACCUUGGCCUUCAUGUGUCAGACCAAAGGACAAGUCAGCCAAUCUUCUGGAGUGUCUGGCUGUCUCUUUGAGGACGGCUGGAGGAGACACGGCAACUCUUGUUACCUGCUCAACAGCACCCAGGUGGCGUUCAAAGAGCGCUGCCAGGUCACCAUCACCAACAGGUUUGAGCAGGCCUUCAUCAGCCGUCUGCUGGCAGACUUCAUAGGCAACGGCUCUCAGUACUUCUGGAUUGGCCUGCAGGAUGCCGACAACACGGGAGAGUACCGCUGGCAGGGCACUGCCCACAGUGCAGUGACCUACACCAACUGGGGACCCUUGGAACCAGACCAAGAUGGAGGCUGUGCUGUAAUCUCCAGCGCUAACUCCCUGGGCAAGUGGGAGGUGAAGAACUGCACCCUCUUCAAGGCCGGCACCAUCUGUAGGACAGACCUCAGUCCGGUUCUGCCCCCACAACCCGAGCCAGACCUCAACUCCACGUGCCCGGACGGCUGGGUGUCCGUCCCUGAUGGAAGAUACUGCUUCAAGGUGUUUCACCAUGAGAGGCUGAGUCGCAAGCGGACGUGGGAGGAAGCCGAGAGGUUCUGUCAGGCCCUCGGGGCCAACCUGCCCAGCCUCACCAGCGUGAGCGAGAUGAGGGCGCUGCACGAUCUCAUGAGGGACACCAUCAGCGACGAUCGCUACUUCUGGGUGGGCUUGAACAGGAGGAACCCUGCAGACCGCUCCUGGCGCUGGAGCGAUGGCCGUCCUGUAUCUAUGGAUGUUUUACACCAUGAGUUCCAGGAGGACGAUGCUUACAGUCGUGACUGCACGGCAUUUAAGACGAUGAAGAGCACCUUGAAGCAUCUCUUCCUGUUCGUGCUCCACGACUUUGUCCCUACGUCCUUCUCCGCCACGCCCUUUCACUGCGACGCCAAGCUGGAGUGGGUCUGCCAGAUCCCUCGUGGAGUGACACCAAAGUAUCCUGACUGGUACAAUCCUGGCGUGCAUCACGAGACGUCCAUCUUCAUCGACGGCGGCGAGUUCUGGUUCGUCAACGAGCCUCAGUUGAGCUUCGAGGAGGCCAUGCUGUUCUGCAGCAUGAACGGCAGCAAGCUGGCCUCACCCCCCAGCUCCACCGCUGCCCGACUCAUCCAGCAGAACAUCGCCAAGAUGUCAAGUUCUCCUAAGCAAGGCUGGUGGGUCAACCUGAAAGAUCCCAAGCGGUUGUUUCCCAUGAUGGAACCGCAGCUGCACUUUUAUUACUCAACCCUCUUCAGCAGAUGCACCUCCAUAAGCCCUGAGAGAGCCUUCCCAAAGUACGAGCACAGUUGCAGGCAGCAGCUGCCUUUUGUGUGUGAGAAGCAAGCCGUCACGUCGGUGGAGAAGAACCCUCUGGAUCCUCAGCCUGGAGGUGUGCUGUGUGGGAACACCUCUCUGGCUUUCAGGAAUAAGUGCUACACGCUGAUGAAGGAGGACAAGCCGGUGUCGUUCAAGUCAGCGGGGGAGGUGUGUCAGUCGGUGAGGGGAACCCUGGUCACCAUCUCAGACCAAGUGGAGCAAGACUUCAUCAGCAGCCUGCUGCCCACCAUGAAGGACGUGGCCGGCAUCUGGGUGGGUCUCAAACUCAAACGCUACAAGCUGCAGUGGGUGGACCAGACCCCGGUCGACUACGUCAACUUCCACCCGCUGCUGCUGGGCAUGCACAAGGCCAUCAAAGUCAACCACCUGGACCCAGACAGCAUGGAUCUAUGUGUCUUUUUACUCAAUAACCCCAACUCAGCUGUGAUGGGUACCUGGGACUACACCUCCUGCACCCAGUACCAGCAUGUGGCCCUUUGUCAACACUAUGCAGACAAGCUGGAGGAGCCUUCCGUCCCCUCGGAGCCCUUCCAGGUCAACAACCACACCUUCCUGCUGCUGGUCCAGAACCUGACCUGGUUUGAGGCCUUGGAGCAGUGCAGGAGCCACGACAUGGACCUGGCCAGCGUGGCCGACACCUGGCUGCAGUCCACCCUCAGCGUGCACGUGAGCCGCGCGCACACGCCCAUGUGGAUCGGCCUCUUCAGCGAAGACGACGGCAUCCACUACCGCUGGACCGACCACAGCCACACCGUCUUCAGCCGCUGGUCCGCUGACGUCACGGCGGGAUCCUGCGUCUACCUCGACACCGACGCCUUCUGGAAGGCCACCCAGUGCGAGCAGGAGCUGGGCGGGGCUAUCUGCCACAGACCGCAACGAGAGAUCAUCAGCACCACUCCAGAGGACGUGGCCGUCAAGUGUCCUCACAAGAUCAACGGCCCCAACUGGGUCCCCUUCAAGAACAACUGCUACUCCUUCCAGCUGUCGGCGUCCAGGUGGGAGCAGGCUGACCAGGGGCCCGUACGCGACGUCUGCGCCAGCCUGCACGAAGGAGCAAACAUCCUAACUAUUCGCAACGCGGAGGAGAACGAGUUCAUCCGACAACAACUUGUGCCCUUCCAGAACCUGGUCCAGUUCGUGUGGCUCGGACUGUUCCGGAACGAAAGCAACCACAUGCAGUGGUAUGACGGCACCAAGGUCCAGUACUCCAACUGGAGAAGUGGCAGACCAGAGGUCCAGGGUCCCUUCAUGGCGGGUGUGAGUCUCCAGGGCCAAUGGAUCCUGGUCACCAACCAGAUGUUGUUCUCAGAGUUCCAGCAGAGAUCCAUCGUGACCUGCAAGCUGGACCACGAACCCAAGCAGGAGUUCUCCAAGUCCGUCAGCGACUUUCAACACCUGGACACUUUAGAGUACCAGCUGGUGACCCGGAAGCUGACCUGGUACCAGGCUGUGGAGGAGUGCAGUCAGCGAGGAGGACAUCUGGCCAGCGUCCAUGACGCCCGCCACAACGCCCACAUCAAGCUCCUCGCCAAAACUGAUGGCUUCCCGCUCUGGAUCGGCCUGUCCAACCAGGAAGUCGGAGGUCCGUCCUACGAGUGGUCAGACGGGACGACGCUGGAGUACACGGCCGACAUCUCCGAGUCGCUGGAAGGUUCCAGCUCAGAGGAGCGGGAGGCGGGAUGUGUCUUUGUGCUGCCCUCUGGUGGCUGGGUGAGGAGCAGCUGCAAGUCGCCACUGGAUGGCGCUAUCUGCUACUCCACCAACGUCACCAGCACCUCCCAAAGAGCCAAACUGCAGGCCAGGUCAGAGGUCAACCAUUGCCCUCAGAGCAACGGGACGUCCGAGUGGGUGCAGCACCAGGACCGCUGCUACGCCUUCCACAUGAGCUUCUACAACUACAGCGUCUACAGCAUGACGCAGGCCAGGAACAUCUGCAGCGGCAUGGACGCUCAGCUGCUGAGCAUCCAAAGCAAGGAAGAGAACGACUUUGUGUCCAAGUACCUGUCUGAUGACCCGCUCAUCACCGGCCGAGUCUGGCUGGGUGGCACCCUCCACUCUCAAGCAGACGGCUCAGCUCUCACCUUCUCCAACUGGAAGCCCGGAGUCUCGGUUACCACGGAGACGUCCAAGGCUGCGUGCGUUGUCAUGGUGAUGGCAGACGGAGGACGAUGGAGUCGGGUCAGCUGUGAGGAAAGUUCCAGUCGUGUUGUCUGCCAAACCAACGCCAAGUCUCCCGGCGCCCCCGUGGCCGUGGCCUUCUUCGUGCUGGUCCUGCUGGUCCUGGUCCUGGCCGUGGUCUUCCUGCUGUACAAGAAGAAGCGCUCCUACUUCUCCUCCUCGGUGCGCUACAAGAGAACCACGGACCAGUCGGACAGCACCAGCAUCAUCACGGAGGCGGACUGAGCGCGCUCACAACUCUCACCUCAGGGAGUUGGCCCCUUUGAAUGCUAUUUAUUUAUUUAUGGAGUCCCCACCUGCAGGCGUGAAGAGGAGCUUUCUUUCAGCCCACACGGAAAUUGACAGCUUUUAAGUAGAAAAGAAGAAAAAGAGUGCAGGUGAAAGAACUGCACUGAUAAAUAACUCCGUUUAUUUGGAUAUUUCCCACUGAAUGUACAACUUGAAGACCCUUUUUAGACUUUUUAUCCCUUUUUUUACUCCUCGCUGGUCACUGGAAAGCCGUUCAGUUCAACUUCCAGCAGAAACUGGUCCUGCUGACCACGGUUGUGGUUCAGACUUUGCUAUGCACUUCACUACUGAGCAAAAAAAAAAAAGGCACUUUAAAAGCAACGUUUAAAAAAAAAAAAAAAAAAAAAAAAAUGGGUUCCCUUUCUUUACUUUAGUUUUUUCAGCAUGAAACCAAAGAUUGAAUGUCAAACAUGUGACUUUUUCUUGGUUUAAACACCGCAUUUUGUUUAUUGGUGGUCAUGUGACCAUGUUGAAACUGAGAAAGGGCAGAUCAAAUCAGGUAUAGUAUUGAUAUAGUUCCAAUAAAAUACACAAGUG